AUGGCCUGGGAUUUAUUUGGUUGGUUCAGAGAUGUUUUAGCUUCUCUAGGUUUAUGGAAUAAACACGGUAAGUUACUUUUCUUAGGUUUAGAUAACGCCGGUAAGACUACUUUAUUACACAUGUUGAAAAAUGAUAGAUUAGCCACUUUACAGCCAACAUGGCAUCCAACUUCUGAAGAAUUAUCAAUUGGUAACAUUAAAUUCACUACUUUCGAUUUAGGUGGCCAUAUUCAAGCUCGUCGUUUAUGGAAGGAUUAUUUCCCUGAAGUCAACGGGAUCGUAUUCUUAGUAGAUGCUGCUGAUCCUGAAAGAUUCCCAGAAGCUCAAGUAGAAUUAGAUGCCUUGUUCAAUAUCGCCGAAUUGAAAGAUGUACCAUUCGUUAUCUUAGGUAAUAAGAUUGAUGCUGCAACUGCUGUUGGUGAACCUGAAUUAAGAAGAGCUUUGAACCUACAAAACACUACGGGCUCUGCUCCUACAACUGAAGGUGUAAGACCUGUGGAACUAUUCAUGUGUUCUGUCGUAAUGAGAACUGGUUACGCUGAAGGUUUCCAAUGGUUAUCUCAAUAUAUCUGA